UGACAUCGCGCACGUCGUCGGGGUGCCUGCGGGAGCCCCGAGUUUGUGGGUUCCCCACCUUAUUCCCUCCGCAGGGGGGGGGGAAGGGGGUCACGUCGUGUUUCUCCGUGCCUCAGUUUACCCGUUCUUUAAGAAAAUCCCCGCCCGUGGCUCUCGCGGCUGCAGGCUGCCGGCAGGAGGAGAGCGCGCAGCACCGCGCGGGUCCGUCCCCGCGCCUCCCUCAUCCCCGGCUGCUCUUUUGGGGCCGGCUGCGACCCGCCGAGCCUCCGCCUUGUUAGCGCUGCUCACGCUGCUCAUCUGCCAGCGACGCUAACGAGGGGCAGCCUUGAAUGAGAGCUUUGGACCCUCGGCGGCCUUGCCGGACCGACCCCUGCACCCUGUCCCCCUCCACCCCCCCCCCCCCCUCCCCCAGGGAUGCUCCCCGAAACGCCCGGCUCCCCAACCACCCCCGCGCACCCGCCGGCGGAGCGAAGCCAGCGCCGCGUUCCCAGCUGCCAUCGGAGCCGCCUCGGUGACUCAGCAGCCGCGCUGAAAGCUCCCUUAUUUAUUUCAACGCCUGCUCCCGCUCGGCUGAGCAUCGCCCCGCAGCGAUGCUGCUGCUGCUGCCGCCGCCGGGCCGGCCCCACUCGCGGCGCUGCGAGGCCGAGAGCGGCGCCCCGAGCCCCCCGCCUUCGCCCCGGCCGCGAUGGCUUUGAGCAGCUGGGUGCUGAGCCCCGCGCUGCAGCUCUGCGCCGCCGGCCCUGCCUGCUCCUGGGAGAUGCUGCACGUGGCCGGAGCAGGCGUGUGCGGCUGCUGCGGCGCCCUGCGUCCCCGCUACAAAAGACUGGUGGACAACAUCUUCCCCGAGGACCCAGAGGAUGGGCUGGUGAAGACCAACAUGGAGAAGCUGACGUUUUAUGCCCUGUCGGCCCCGGAGAAGCUGGAUCGCAUCGGUGCCUACCUCUCCGAGCGGCUCAUCCGCGACGUGAGCCGGCACCGAUACGGGUAUGUGUGCAUUGCCAUGGAGGCCCUGGACCAGCUCCUUAUGGCCUGUCACUGCCAGAGCAUCAACCUCUUCGUCGAGAGCUUCCUGAAGAUGGUGGCGAAGCUGCUGGAGUCGGAGAAGCCCAACCUGCAGAUCCUGGGGACCAACUCGUUCGUGAAGUUUGCCAACAUCGAGGAGGACACCCCGUCCUACCACCGCAGCUACGACUUCUUUGUCUCCCGCUUCAGCGAGAUGUGCCACUCCAGCCACGACGACCUGGAGAUCCGGACGAAGAUCCGGAUGUCUGGCAUUAAAGGCCUGCAAGGGGUGGUGAGGAAGACGGUGAACGACGAACUUCAAGCCAACAUCUGGGACCCGCAGCACAUGGACAAAAUCGUGCCCUCGCUGCUCUUCAACUUGCAGCACGUGGAGGAGGCUGAGAGCCGCUCCCCCUCGCCGCUGCAAGCCACUGAGAAGGAGAAGGAGAGUCCCACGGAGCUGGCGGAGAGGUGCCUGCGGGAGCUGCUGGGCCGGGCGGCGUACGGCAACAUCAAGAACGCCAUCAAACCCGUCCUCAUCCACCUGGAUAACCACUCGCUGUGGGAGCCGAAGAUCUUUGCCACCCGCUGCUUCAGGAUCAUCAUGUACUCGAUCCAGCCGCAGCACUCCCACCUUGUGAUCCAGCAGCUUCUGGGGCACCUGGAUGCCAACAGCAAGAGCGCGGCCACCGUGCGCGCGGGCAUCGUGGAGGUCCUCUCGGAGGCAGCGGUGAUUGCAGCCUCCGGAUCUGUAGGCCCCACGGUGCUGGAGGUGUUUAACACCCUGCUGAGGCAGCUGCGGCUCAGCAUCGACUACGCGCUGACGGGGAGCUACGACUGCGCCGCGGGCGUCAGCACCAAGAUCAUCAAGGAGCACGAGGAGAGGAUGUUCCAGGAGGCCGUCAUUAAAACCAUAGGGUCCUUCGCCAGCACGCUGCCCACGUACCAGCAGUCCGAGGUGAUGGUCUUCAUCAUGAACAAGGUGCCGCUGCCGUCCUCGCAGCAGUCCAUCGAGGCUGGCAAAGCUGGGGAGAACCGAAACCGGCUGACGCAGAUCAUGCUCCUGAAGUCCCUGCUGCAGGUCUCCGUGGGCUUCCAGUGCAGUAACAUGCUCACGGCGCUUCCCAGCGCCUUCCUGGACAGGCUGCUCUCCUCAGCCCUCAUGGAGGAUGCCGAGAUACGCCUCUUUGUCCUCGAGAUCCUCAUCAGCUUCAUCGAUCGCCACGGCAACCGGCAGAAAUUCGCCGCCAUCAGCACCAUCGGCGACAUCUCGGUCCUGAAGCUGAAGGUGGAGAAAUGCUCGCGCCAGGAUACUGUCUUCAUGAAGAAGCACGGCCAGCAGCUCUACCGGCACAUCUACCUGAUAUGCAAGGAGGAGAGCAACGUGCAGGCUCACUACGAGGCUCUCUACAGCAUGCUGAUGCUCAUCAGCAUCGAGCUGGCUAACGAGGAGGUUGUGGUGGACCUCAUCCGCCUGGUGCUGGCGGUGCAGGAGAUGGCCCAGAUCAACGAAGACAACCUGAUGGCAUACAACCGCUGCGCGCUCUUUGCCCUCGGAGCAGCUUACCUGAACCUCAUCAGCCAGCUCAUCACCGUGCCCACCUUCUGCCAGCACAUCCACGAGGUCAUCCAGAUGCGGCAGAAGGAGGCUCCCUAUCUGCUCCCUGAGGAUGUGUUCGUGGAGAGACCCAGGCUGAGCAAGAACCUCGACCGCCUGGGCCCGGAGGUCUUCUUUUGGCAGAGCAAGAUCAGUGAGGUGCUGGGGGGCAGCGGCUACAACUCGGACCGCCUCAGCACACCCUACAUCCCCCAGCUGACAGAUGAAGAUCGCCUGUCCAAGAGGAAGAGCAUCGGUGAGACCAUUUCCCUACAGGUCGAGGUGGAGUCUAGAAACAGUCCUGAGCGAGAGCAGAGAGCACCAGCAGAAGAGAUCACGUAUGAGACACUGAAGAAGGCAAUAGACAGCGUCGCCGUGGAGGAGCAGGAGCGAGAGCGGAGGCGACAAGUGGUGGAGAAAUUUCAGAAAGCCCCGUUCGAGGAGAUCGCUGCUCACUGCGGCGCCCGGGCGACGCUGCUGCAGAGCAAGCUCAACCAGAUCUUCGAGAUCACCAUACGGCCACCACCAAGCCCAUCGGGCACCAUCACAGCUGCCUACGGCCAGCCCCAAAACCACUCCAUCCCGGUGUAUGAGAUGAAGUUCCCGGACCUGUGCGUGUACUGAGGGUGGCUGUGCUGCUAGGACGGAGCCGCCCCUGCGCAGCCUGUGCCGAAGGACCUCUUGGGGAGAGACCGCCGGCCCCGUGGGGACUGCGUCCUCGUGCAUGUGACAGAAAGGGACACGGACACUGAGGCUACCCCCAAGAUUCGUUGGCACCACAGACCUGUCUCCCGUACUUUCUUUCGUGACCCUCUGCAGCCACGUUUUGCGGCAGGAGGUGCGGGGAGGUGUCGUUGCUCUGACCUCCCUCUCCGGUUUUGGUUUCGGGGAGGAGAGAGGAGAGGUGCUCCUGGUGGGCAGCAUUGGGCACGUACAUCUUCCCAGCAAAAAGCAAACCUGUUCCUUGGGGAAUCCCUCCCCGCGUCAUCUGUCAGCCACAUCGAGAGCCCCUGGCGAGGGUGCAGGAGGAAGCUGGAGGGUGUGAGAGUGUAAAAGGCAGGACGGAUGCGGGGCGCAGCGUGCCCCGGGGCAGCUGUAAAAGCAAAGCCUGCUGGAGCUCGUGCUCGAGGCAGGUCGCUGGGGUGGGUACAGUCCCCAAAUCCAGCUCCUGGCCUGUGAGCCUGCGUCUUCCUGGCAGCUGCCCUGGUGCGGGGCAAUUCCCCGGGCACUUGAAGCUGCCCUGAUGCCCUGGACGAGGGGGUGCCCGGCGCGACGCGAGGGUGGCAGUUGUCCCAUCAUGGAUGUAGAUGCUGCACGCAGCAGCCUGGCUGGUUCCAGGUCACCUGAAAACAUGUUUUAUUUGGGAAAACGCCUUUUUUUUUUUGUUUUUGAGGAGGGGAAAUCUACAAGAGCCGUGCUUCUUGUCCAUGUCGUCAGCAGGUUGCCCAGUCUGACAGCCCGCAGGCAGCGUGCGUGCAGUGGGGUACCUGGAGCCGUGGCACAAGGCAUGAGGAGCGACCACGUUGGGAUUAUCAACGCGUUAACCAACCGUUUUCACAUUUUUGGUUCGGGAUUUCACAGUUUUGGGGUUACUGUCUGAGGAAGAGAUUUAUUUUUUUUUUUAACAGAGUCCCUUCGAUUAAAUCCUGUCUUAAAUCAGCAGAGCCCUAACCACGAAGAACACGAGUGGCUGCGGGAAGGUGGCUGCAAUGAGAGGUGUUUUAUGGGGUCCAGUCAUCAGACCCUGCACCUGGCGGGCUGUGGAUCACACCUCUGGAUUUGGACUGGGGAGAAAUGUGGCUGUGGAGUUUUUCUUUAGACGUGUGAUAGAAAAUACCCUCUUGGGAGAAUUUGGGAUCCUUUUGGCUCCUCCUGAACCAGAAGUGCAAGGUGAAGAUGGUAGGGAUGGGGAAGAAAAGGAUGCCCGGGAGGUAUUGAGUAAUUUACAGGGUAAAUCUUGCUCCCAAAUGCCUUCCAAGCCUUGGUGCACUGAAGCUGUCCUCAGGGUGAGCUCAGGUGCUCUCGGGCACAGCCUGCAGCCUCUGCUGCGGUCAGGCAGGUUUUGGCUGAGCCAAGCACGGAGCCUCCUGCACCAGGACCGCUAUAAAAUCCUGGGGCAGCCCCUUUCCUUCCAGCCGGGCACACCGCCUCCGACUUCCCUGCGUGGAGAGGUGCAGGAGGGUCUAAAAUUGGAGACGUGGGAGCUGCACGUGGCACAGGGCCAGCAGGUAAGCGCAGCCCCCCCGUGCCUGGUGGCCUCAGCACCUCUGCCUGCCUCCUGCUCCUCGUUUCGGCCACGCCACGUUUCUCUGCCACGUCUCGCCGCAGAUCUUCAGGCAGUUAUUUUAAGCUGUAAUUACACAUUAACAUAAUUUUUUUUUUGGUCUCUUUUUUUUUUUUUUUUUCUUGGUGGCGGAUACAGUUUGCGACUGCCCCGAGGUCAGCGCUUGUUUGUGUGGUCGUCCUGUAAUCCAGGUUUAGGAAAUGACCUAGCUUAAGAGGACAGGAAAAACAAGGGUGUGUUUCGGUCCCGGGGCUGGAUUGCAGCACUUCCCCGCUCACAGCAGGGCUCUGCCUCUGCCACCCUGCCCAGCGCCCGAGGCUGUCCCUUGCUGCUGCCCCUCUUCAGGGUCCUCCCAUGUUUCUGUCACCCACUCCCGUCCUUUUUUGCUCCCUGGAUUAUGCCCAGUCCCCCUGGAGCCUGAAUUUUGGCUGGGUUGAGGUUUUGGGGCUGUCAGCGGGAACACAAAGAAGCUGCUUGGCAGAGGAGGGUUUGUUUCCAUUGCUGUCCUGAUGAAAGUGCAGUAGGAAAAGCAAUGAACCCCCAGAUUGUGUGCUUGGGGGGGGAAAACCCCUCCAAAACAUGAAGAAGGGGGGAAGGAGAGCACAGGGUUUGCUCUUUAGAGCCUGCCUGGCCGAAACUGAGGAGCCGUGGGGAUGGUACGGGGCACAUCCUGGGGGGGCCGGUGCCGUUUGGGGCUCCCAGAGGCUGGCCUGCAUGUUACCCCGUGGACAAACCCUUGGUGGGGGGGUUUCCACAAGGUCCCCCUGCUCCCAGUGCUGAUCCCUUUUGCUGCACCCCCCUCCUCCCUCCCUCCCUCCGAAAUCGGGUGCUGGCUGCGCUCAGCAUCGCCUUUCAGGCCCCCAGCUCCACUUGUAAAUGUCCCUACCCCCCGUGUAAGUGACCUGUUUGUACGUCACGUUUAGUUUAGAUACUGGUGUAUGUAUAGAUGACAAAGUAUAUUUCUAUAAACUCGGCCGUUAGGUGCAUGUGUGCGUUUCCAUCUCUGUAUUUCGGGGCACUGUGGUUCUUUUUCGUGUGUAGCCGAGGGCAGGAGGGGAGAGGGCCACGAGGCUGUCGGUGUUUUCAAACACACCCUCAAAUAAAUGUUGAUGUUGCCGUCU